GCACACACAACAGACACACAGAGCUGUACCAGCGCUCGCACUCACACACACACACGUAGUCUGACACAGAACGAGGCUCGCAGUCCCCCACGCUCAUACAGAAGACUCCUAGAACAACGGAGUAAAGGAUCGCAGGAUCUGGAGAGGAGAGCCUCAUCUGUUAACCAGCGGCCGAGGAGCCCCUUCCCCGGGGACGUUUUCACCAUGAAUCCGUCUCUAAAAAUUAGGACUUAAAUUUUGCCGGUCCUUAUCCUCGGAACUGCUAUUCGUUUGUAUUUUUGCUGCUGAAAACCAGACGAGAUACGGGCGGUGCGAGAUUUUUUCCACCAGAAUCCAAAUCCCUCUCCCUUCUUUAUUUUGGAUUUUGUUAAAAUUGUUGUUUUUGGUGUUCUUGUUGUUGUUAACCUGACCAACAACUAUCAUGCUGAUGAAAGUAGUGUUAAUGUUCCUCCUAUGCUGGGGGUUCACCUCCAGCGAGCCCCCGGUGGCCGCGCCACAGCCCCGGUCACAAACUUUGGAUUUUGGUUUCGUUCCCGCUGGAGUUUACGAAACACUUGCUUAUUACGAACCUGGACCCAUCGGACUCCUGUUUCACAUGGUCCACGGUUUUCUGUAUGUUGUUCAGCCCAACCCGUUCCCGAAAGAUCUCGUCGUCAAAGUGGCCCAGAACAAAUUAGGCUCGGUGCAAGCCGAAUAUCAGAAGCCGGAGAACGUUGUUCUGACGCUGCAGGUGAUGUACUACGAGGUGGGCUUCAUAGUGUGCGCUGCCCUGGGCCUGCUCUUCGUCCUGCUGGUGCCGCUGGUGGGGCUGUGCUUCUGCAUGUGCCGUUGCUGCGACAACUGCGGCGGCGAGAUGCACCAGAGGCAGAGGAAGAACGCCGAGUGCAAGAGGGGAUUCUUCGCCACCCUCCUCUUCACCACCUCCGUCUUCAUCACGGCGGGAGUACUCUGCGCCUACGCAGCCAAUCAGAACCUGAGUUCUCAGCUGAAAGGCAUGAGGAAGCUGGUCAACAGCAACAUGAGAGACCUGCACACGUUCGCCAACCAGACUCCUGCGCAAAUCGACUAUCUGAUUGGACAGUAUGUCACCGCAAAGAAACGAGUUGUCUCUGACCUAGAGCAUAUUGGGCCUUUGCUUGGUGGUAAAAUUCACCAGGAGCUGGAAAAAGAGGUGAUCCCCGCUCUCGAUGGGGUAUUAAAUAUGGCCGGAGUCAAAGUGGAAAGGGCCAUCAAAGCGAUGCGGGAGACCAAGGAGGCUCUGGAGAACGUGAGCGUGUCUCUGGAGGUCCUGCAGGACGGCUCCAGCAGGCUGGCCUUCAACCUGAGCGCGGUGCGCUCGCGGCUCAGCUCCACCCUCAAAGACCCGGCCUGCGCCCUCGAGGACGCCGCGCCCGUCUGCGCCAGCAUCCGCAGCUCCCUCGCCCAGCUGGGCAUCGGCGCCAACUACUCCAAGUUGUCAGAUGUGAGCGAACAGCUGGCCAGAGUGAACAAUGUUCUCAAGACUGACCUCAGCAACAUAGUUCAAAAGGGAUAUUUGUCAUUUAAUGACACCCCCUACUUGGUGAAGACACAGACACAGAAUAUUGUUGCAAAGGUCAGAAACAUGCUGGAUGAUCUCGGCUCCAACAUCACCAGCUUCUCUAAGACAUUCCCCGUGGAAGACUCCCUCUCCAACUUCAUUAAGUACAUCAGUCACACCCAGUCGAAGAUCGAGGACUACUACCCGCAGAUUGACCAGAUAGACUUCUACAGGUGGAUCUCCUGCAUUGCACUCUGCUGCAUGGUGGUGCUCAUCUUGGCCUUCAACUUCCUGGGUCUGUUCUGCGGAAUUACCGGCUAUGACAAACACGCCUCCCCCACCACCCGUGGCUGCAUCUCAAACACUGGCGGGAACCUGCUUAUGGCGGGCGUGGGAUUCAGUUUCAUCUUCUCCUGGGUGCUGAUGGGUGUGGUGGUCGCCACCUUUGUUGUCGGGGGCAACCUGGAGAAGCUGGUCUGUGAGCCCUAUGAGACUAAGCAGCUGUAUGAGGUUGUGGACACUCCAUACCUGGUGAAUCCUGCCUGGAAGAAUUUUAUUCCUGGCUUCCUUUACCAAAAGCCUGAGAUUGACCUGACUGCAGGAAACCUAUACAGAAGCUGCAAAGACAACCAGGGCAUUUACUCCGCUCUGCACCUGGACAGCAUGUUCAACGUUACGGCCUUCUUGAGCUCUAGCGUGUACACCGAUGACGUGUCGGGCACUAUCAACAAUGUCAGAGUGGACCUGAGCAGCAUUGUCCUAUUGGAGUCUGAGGGGAGACACAACCUCAUCCAGUUCAGCAACACGGGGGUCAACGAGAUAAACUACUCCUCUACCUGGAAGAGGUGCUCACCAUUCGGGGAUUGCUCACCACGCCCAACACACUGUCUACCAGUCAACAAGAAUGAUCUCUCCCUAUCCUUCUUUGACUGGCAGAAGCGAGGAGCCCUGGAGACUGCCCUGAGGGGGCACGUCAGCAGCAUUCGGCAGAUCCAUAGCCAGCUGGUGGUCCCGAUGGAGCAGUCCAUGAAAUAUGUUAGAGCAAGGAGCACUAUGAAUCAGAGUGCCCUGCUGCUGCAGAAGACAGUCUCUGACCUCCCUAACUCAAUCAACAAUGUCCUUAACACCAUUGAUGCAGCACAGUUCCUCAUUGCCCAAAACGCAACAUACGUCGUCAAAAAGGAGACUGACAAGUACAGGCAGAGUAUUGUGGACUACUUCAAACAAUACACAGACUGGGUGAAGACCUCUCUGGAAAUGGAAGUGGCAACCUGCAAGCCCUUGAGCAACAUCGUGGACACCGUGGAGAUUGUGGCCUGCAGCUUCAUAGUGGAUUCACUGAACACGUUCUGGUUCGGCCUGGGCUGCUGCGCCAUAUUUCUCAUCCCGAGCGUGAUACUGUCCGUCAAGUUGGCCAAAUUCUACCGCCGAAUGGACACGGAAGACGUCUACGACGACAUUGAAACAAUACCCAUGAAAACUAUGGAAAUUGGUAAUAAUGGUUAUCAUAAUGAACGGUUACAAGGUAUCCCAAACCCUGUAAUGACAAGCAUCCCUUCCUAUGACACUGUGACUCGGUUCCCACGGGCCUCGGCUCCGCCCAGGCAUGCAGACUGGUGAGAGAGUGCGGUGGUUUACCGGGUCCAGCAAGUGCUAUUGAUACCUGGAACUGAAUCCCCCUUGCCUUGGAUAUCUAGUUCCUGUAUAACAGGCAAAAUGAAGCAGAAAAAUGAAUUCCUUACACCGGAGGAAGGUCCAUGGUUUUGGACAAAAUCUAAUUUGCCUGGAUCCACCUUCUCCUGGUUGUCCUUUUUCCCCCCUUCUCUUCCAACUCACAAGUUCAGCCACACCCAAACAAAUGUGCCACUCCUGAGAAGAUACUGGUUACAGCACCUGUAAUGGAGUGGUCUUAAAAAGCUCACAGAGCCUUCACUGAUAUCAAACAAGGCCAACCCCGAGUUUCAUCCGAUUCAUCCUGUCCUUCAGCACAGCCUCCUGAGGCAACUGUGACUGAAUUCCUGCUGUCGCUCCCUGACUCAAAAUGAGUGAAUAUGUCAGACAAAACUGUACAUUUUGUACACGUUCAAAAAACUAUGUGUUUUAUAUCUAUUUUUUUUUGUUAAUUUUUUUUUUUUUUUUAACUAUGUCCCAUGCGUUCAUUCUUUUACUUCUGUGUGAAUAUCAUAGCGGUUGGAAGGCAGCUGUAGCACUGCUAUAGUUUCUGGGUUCACGGUCUCUGGGUUUCGCAGUGAGGUGUCUGGUGGCUUCUCACCGCCACAAACACGGCCAUUGCGCUGAGUUUAAGCAGACAAGGAGUUCUCUGGUGUUUUUUUUUUUAAGUGGGAUGGAAAAAUAUGAGAGUAAUUGAAUAUCUUUGUGAACGUGCUGGAAAAAAUGUGUCAAGGUGUGGAAACUGUCCAUGUGGGGACCAAGCAUGCUGAUAAACGAUGAUUUACUGACUGCUGCCUUUUGAAUAUGUGUAUAUCACUCUGAAUGAGUUCACCUUGAGGUCACGGAGAGUAUUUCCUGCCAUUGCACGAUUAAUAUAUCUGUAAUUUCCUUGAAAUAAAAUGGCAGGGAAUUAUCCUUCCGUGUUUUAAGUUUACUACUCCACAGAUUGAAUUUGUAGAUAGGUAAAUAAAGCACUCCUAGUUAUGUAAUAAUGAAUGAUAUCUCAGAACUAUGAGGUUUACUAACAGGUGAUGAGCCAUGCUUGUGGUCAUAGUCAAAGUCACAGAUAAGAAAGAGAACUGCUGUUAAAAAGCCAAAACAUAUUUUUCCCGUAGAGCUCAGGUAUUCGUCAUUCAACUAGGUGCUCAGAAUAACACAAUAAAAUGCAUAAUACACAUCUAUCUCUUUUUUAAGUAAACACCAUAGGAAUUAGGCAGGGUUGAAACUAUAAACGAGGCUAAUGUAUCAGAGGACUAAUUGUAUCUGACAGACGUGUCAUGUUUAAAAACCUUUGGAAGAAACGGGGCUGUGUUUAACACCCAGCUGUUCCUGAACUACACAAGUCACACAAAUAAAUCCAGACAUUUUUUUUUUCAAACACAUGAUUUUUUCAGUGUCUUGUGUUUUUAAUUUCUUUGUUCGUGCUGCUUCUGGUAGAGAGAUCUUCUGCUGAACCUUAAGAAAUGUAAUAUAUGCCAUAAACUAUUACACUGAGUACUGAAAAUAAGUACUAGAAUAUUAUCUUGUCACUUUUACAAUUUUCACACACCACUGGUGCUUCGGAGUAAUUUUGGAAGUGGUUAUGAAGUAGCUCAAAGCAUGGGUGUGUUUAUGGCUACUGCUGGAAUUUUCUGUCAUACAUCAUAAGAAAAUACUGUAUAAACUGUGAAUAAAGAUUUCAUUUCAGUGA